AUGGCUGAAGAGGUACCCCGGGAGGAGUACCACCGCCGUCUACAUGGCACUCAUGAUACCAUUGACCUGACUGGGGAUGAUCGUCGCCCCGAGUCGCCUACCGAUGUGGUCAUCCGUAGGCACGGCAACAUGAGCAACGGUCUGAGCAACCUUCGCUUCACCCAAAACAAUGUCGCCGGCACCUCAGGUCAAGGUCGCCAAGACGCGCUUACAACACUUCACAACUUUGCCUCCGCUGGCUUGUCAAAUGGACACGACAACACCCCUGCUGAGGAUCUCGAAGAGGGAGCUGCCAAUGUUUCCCCCACAGCCAACUCGGUCAUUCAAGAUGUUGCAAAUACCCAAGUCAACCAUCCUUAUGGACUUGCUGCCCCACCCAAUUUUAGAUACGUUCAGCUCAAUGAGCCGCUUCCCCCCAUUGGCCUCCAUGGCCGCUCCGUUGCCGAGAUCAUCAACGCCAUUGACUGGAGCCACCCAGUCUAUGCCGGUCCCAACCGCGUGGUUUUCAUUAGCCGCCAUGUCAUUGAGGUGGCUGCCCAGUUUGUUCACGACAAGGACGAACUGGAAAAGGAAAUCAAUAUCUUUGUGGGCACCGUCUGCAAGUUUAUGGAUAACUGUAAUUUGUACAGUAAUACUGCCAGAAUACCCUGGAGGAAGGCACUCUCCCACUUUUUUGGGAGAAACAAAAAAUGCACCCGCCAGGUUCCGGAAAACGUUUGGAUCGUGAUGUGCCGCAAGCACUACCAGCGUGCUCGUUAUCGGAACACCACCGAGUACAACAAGCGAUUGAUCCGCCUCAUUGCUUUCCAGGUUCUCCGUAUUGAGAACUGGAGCGAAAGCAACAGAUUGGGUGGUACCCCUCAAAAUGGCAUCGUCGAGAGCUGGAGUCUCCAGCCCCGCCGUCGCGAGCAAAUGCGUAUCGACGAAGCUAGGAAGCGCAAGCUUGAGGAUGACGAGGAUGUUGAGGACGAUGAGGAUGAAAUGGAUGAUCUGGACGUGCCUACGCCCGCCACGAGCGGUGGGUCCAGCCAGAUUCCUGACUGGCUUCUGGAGAUGUGCCGCGAUGGCUACUCGACCAUUGACAUUCUCCGCAUUAUCCUCGAGAUCAAGGUUCGUUUGGACAGUGGUGAGCUUACUCAGAUUCCGGACAUUGAGAUUCUCCCCAAAAUCUCGGGAGAUCAGUCCCAGCCGAGGUCAAAGCCUCGUACUGGACGAGUUUCCAAGGGCACCUCUAAAGAUUUGGGUCAUAGAAGGACUCAGUCAUUGGAGAAUCCUUCUGCCGGGCUAUACCGCCGCCAUGCUAAUGCUUCCCGGCGCUCAAGCCAGCCCAACGACGCCUCUCGCCACGAUGCAAAGCGCCAACGUCGGGACAACUAUCAGGACGAGUCCUACGAGGAUGAUUUCGGUACUUACGUUGGCCGUGCUGCUGAACGUCCAGACACGCUUCGGACCCUUCCAUCUACCAGCUCAAAUCUUCCAUCCUUGUCGUACGGCGGGUAUGGUGCUGGAGCCAAUGGUCCUCUUCCGGCUCCCAGAUCCAACAUGUACAACUCUGCGGCGACUGGCUCCUUUGCCAAUACCCGCCCUUCUCAUCAACGAACCUUCUCAGAUGUCUCCAAUCUUCCCUGGGAAAACACCGUGACCUAUAAUACUUCGGCCACGGGCUAUGAUCAUUCUACCAACGGUAUGCAGCAGGAGGUCCUUCACGGCCCCUCUUUUAGCUCGACUGCCUAUCCUCAGUGGCCUGAGAUUGGCUAUGCUCCUCGGACUCAAGGUGCAUCCUAUCACCAGCAGCACCAAGCUCCGACGACUUCUUAUUCUCCACAGUCUUUUUUUCCGCCUUUGUCCACGUCAACUCCCGGUACCGGCGCUAGCCACUCACGCCAGCCCUCGUCGUCAUAUAUGAAUGGCUACUCUUCCGCCACGGGGGGAAAUGCAUCUUCGGGUGCUCAUGGAGGAUUUGCUGCUUGCUAUAACGCUGGUCGAGGUAGCUAUUCUGGCGGUGCUCAGAGCGGCUUCGGCGCCGCCUACAAUCUGGGGGCCACAUCUUCGGCCUCUGGCGCCCAAGGUCCUUAUGGAAACACCUACAAUCCUGUCAACGGUCAAGGUCAUAACGCCGGCUAUAUGUCUUCCCCUGCCGGUGCUCAGCAAUAUGACGGCUUUGACCGCACCGUAGAUGAUGAGUCGAAGCGUUUCGAUCGCCACUAA